UUCUCAUACAGCAACGUCUCUUGCUGCUGCUGCUGCUCAGCUUGACAAUAAUGACCCAUCCAACGGAUUAUUUUUUACAUCCUCGGUCAGAAAGUGGCCAGAGCUUGCACACUCAGGAAAGCGGUGAUGCCGGCCUCUCCUCCAACAUGGCGCAUCAAUUCAGUGACGAUUACAGUGUGCAACGUGCUUUGCCUGUAGUAGAUAAAGGUAGCUUUGUAAUACCAAUCCCUAAUGCAGAGCCACGUGUUUUUGAGCACCCUGAAAUGUCAGGAAGGGUAAAAUCACACACAUCAGUGUUUCGGCAUGCUGCCUUCCCUGUUGCUCCCCCACUGGCACGCCCUGUGUCUGCUGAGAAAUUGUCCACUGUUGUUGUCAUCAACUCACAAGCCCACCCAAAAGAGGAAACUGCUAUGGUUUUACCCGGAACAGCCCUUACAGAGGAGCAGUCAGAGUUAGUAGGAGGAGAAAGCUGCAUCAUGGACACUAACAAGAACACCGGGGCAAACCCACGAGAACCAAAAGGCCCACCACUGAUUCCUGGAAGGAAGAUCAAAGUCAAGCAUCGCAAGAAAAGAGCUGCUGGAAAGAACUGGAAAUUGUACCUUCAAUGUUGCAUGGUGCUCAUUGCUCUUGGGGGCUUUCCUGCCGUAGGUUCUCAACCUCCAGCAGACCAAGGGCUUCAGUGUUUUAUCUGCAAGGAUGAGGAGAGAUGCCCAAAUUUGGCGACUAUUUAUGACUCUGAUGACACUCUUGUGUACGAAGGGGAUCUCAACAUUUCGACAUCCCAAAAUAAAACCCUCCCAGAAUGCUGUGGAAUCUCUGACCCUACUCCUAAGACCUGCGUUGUGUGCCGUUAUCACUCCACCAUCACCAUCAUCUGCUCAGAGAACGUUACAAAAAUGGAGGUGGAAGAUAGUAAAGGAGGACAAAUUCUAAACAUCUCUUCUGGCUGUGUACAGCGCACCUGUGGCCCUGCACAUAAUGGAUUGAUUGGUGUUCAGCCACUCACCCAUGGCCAUUACGGAUUGAUUGCUAGUGUCGUCCUUUAUGUGGUGGCAGCGCUGGUGAUCUACAUUCACUGCCAUUAAAACAGGACUGAAAAAAGAACACUGCAUGAUCAAGAAGGAGACAGUAGUGUGCUGAAGCCAUCCACUCGCCAAGCAUAAUAAUCCCUGGUUUUAGCUUCCAUGGGGAUGCCAUAUAGCUGUGCAGAUUUUUUUUAAUGUAUACUGUUUGGGACAACUGCUUUAGACUAAGGACAGGCCUGCUGAUUAUGUUCUUGAUUAUUCAAUGAAUAUUUGGGCUAUAAAAUGUCCAAAAUUAUGUCAUCAAACUGCUUGUUUAGUCUUGCUUUGAAAAACUAACUGGAAAUUAUUUUGCUAUCGAUUAACUAAUUGCUUAUUUGACGAAUCAGGUUUGAGCUCUACUUGAUGAUUAUAAAGAUUUUUGAAAUUAGCGUGUUUUCUGCUAAAAUACCCUAAUGAAUAUGUGUAUCUGCUGCCUUAAUUAAAACUUGCUUUAAACGGGA